AUGUCGGUCUUGAAGGAAAUUGCGGAGGCGGGUGGCGAUCAGUUGGAAGAAUUGAGGUUGGUCAAGUAUGCCAUUGUUGUGGCCGCUACAUGGACUUGGGCAGAGAUAUGCGUGAAAAUGGAGGAAGAGAUCACCUACAUUUGGCCUUCCCGCAUAAGUUUCAUGAAGGUCCUUUACUUUUAUAAUCGUUACUCGCCUGUAGUGGACACGACAUUUGCGCUCGCGAGUUCUCUGAGCAACGUUGGCAAUCACAGGCUGUGUACAGCCGAGUUUACAGUCUUGGCAUUCUUUUACGCCACCGGGACAUUUGCCUCGGAAUUCAUCCUGAUAGCACGGACUCUCGCUCUCUACAACUUCCAUCCCUUCAUGAUUGCUCUCGCAUGCGCUCUUGUUCUCCUCACGGUCGUCCCAACUACUAUAGAGUCCAUUCGAUUUCUCUUCCCUCUCGCAUAUCCUGGUGACGACAUCAUCAAAAUUACCGGAUGCGUACCAAGCGUGGACGAUAUCGGCUCGGCCUGGAUAUUCUACAUCUGCCUCUUCAUUUCCGAAACAAUCAUCGUCUUGUUGACAUUCUUUCGACAGUGGCAGACCGGCACGGAGAGAGAGGGGCUGCUCCGACGGCUAUUCCGCUGGGGUGGACCGGACACACAAACAGACUCCACCCUGUCUAUGCCGCGGUCACACCGGUCUCCGCUCGUCAAGACCAUGUAUCGGAACAGCUCUAUAUACUACGUCAUCAUGCUAACCCUCUCUAUCAUCAAUCUGGUGGCGACGAACAAGGCUGGCCCCGCCCUCCGCCCUGUCAUCCAGAUGCCGUUCCGCGCAGUGCACUCCGCGCUGUGCACGCGCGUCCUCCUCAACCUCCGCCAGGUCGCCGCCCAAGGCGCCUCGCGCACGAUGCCAGACUUUACAGUCGCGACCCUCAGCGGCCUCUCGUUCCGCGAUCCCAACGCGGACGGGCGCACACGUCUUGAGGGACUUGAGGAGCACACGCACCGGGGUGGGAGCGACGACGCCGUCCACGUCGAGCUCGAGCUCGAGGCUCUCUCGAGUCGUGGGCGCUCCACAGAUCUGUCGCAGGACAUGUACAUGGGGUAG